AUGGAUCGUUCUAUUGAAGCUGCUGUGCAGCUCGCUAACAAAGAGUUCAUCAAGGGUUUUAUUGCUGGACAGAUCAUCCUAUGCAUUCUCUUCUUCUUCUUGCUCAAGGUCUUUUUAUUUAGAAAUUCAGAUGAAACCAGCCAGGAAAUCGUCCGUCGAAUGCAUCAACGCAUUGCUGUUUCAAAGCCAAAACCUGUUUCAGCUCAGCAACGACGGACUAUUGACUCGCUGAUUUUAGGCAAAAUUGGCUAUAACACUAGUCAGCAUCCAUUUGAAUCUUGCAAUUGGCUAAACAUUUUAAUAGCACAGUUUCUUUUAACAUUAAGAACAGAUGCCGAGUUUGGAUUAAAAAGUGUGAGCAUGCUUGACUCGAUCCUGAAUAGUGCAUGGAAACCUAGCUUUUUAGGUGAUAUAUCUAUUACAAACUUUUCGCUUGGAGAAGAAUAUCCUACAUUAAAAAACGCCCGAGUGAGAUUUGCUGAACCCGAGUCUGGAAUGAAGAUACAUGUCGACUUUUCAUUUGACGAUCAGCUCACAUUGGGCAUUGAUACCCAAAUGCUCAUCAACUACCCCAAGCCUGGUAUGGCUGCUUUGCCCAUCUCAAUUGUUCUUUCUAUAGUUAAAUUCUCUGGAACUUUUGUCAUCGAGUUUGUAUCAAAACCCAUUCUUCCAGUUUGCCAACAGCCAUUAUAUAAAUCACAAGCAAGCGAAACAAGCACAUCAGAUUUAGGCCAUCAUACCUACGUUUCGGUGUCUGUUUUAGACGACUUUCUUCUCGAUUUUGACGUGAGAUCGUUGCUAGGUCAUCGCACCAAAGUCAAGGACUUGCCUAAAUUGACAAGUUUGAUUUCCAACUCACUAAGAUCGGUGUUUAUAAGUGAGAUGGUUUUCCCUGCAUGCAAAAUGAUCAAAAUACCAAAUGGCGAGGAGUUAUUUGGAGAUAUUGCCAAUGCAGUCGACGAAAACAGUCAUGAUGUUUUUUUAAAUCAGGAAAAUGGAUCAGAAACAUUAAAAAGUGCCUAAAUGCGUUGUCGGUCUGAGCUUGCGAUUUAAUUGUCUAGUUAUUAUGAUGUAGCUGAUCAAUAUAGCAGUUUAUACAAAAUACCCUCAGGUUGAGAAACGACAAAAUUUUCCAAAAAGAAAAAAUGAAGGCCAAAUUUGUAAACU